AUGCCAUCCGCCGACAUCGAUCAUUUUGUUGACGCAAAUCAGACCCUCGAUCUCUUGCAAAUAGGCGUAUGGCAAUCUGAGUCUCGUUUGGAAGAUUUUUCGAACCCCGAAAUCAUCAUAGAUGAAGAAGAGACUCCCAAAGGAAAUCAGCCUUCAAAUUCUUCUAGUCAGAUCCCAAAAGUCUCGAAAGCAACACUCGGACAGGGUUUCCUCAUUCAAGAGUCACAGAAGAUGAUUCAAAAGCUCGUAAUAUCCGGCAUCAUCUUCGAAGGUCCUAUAUCCGAGUGUAUCAUUCUCUGA